AUGAAGAUCAGAGAGACUCCGGAGAGGGUGGAGUUUCUGUCACAGCUUCACACUCUAACCAACCUGCUCAUCCUCUCUCUGGCUGCGUCAGAUCUCCUGGUGGGACUGAUUGUGAUACCAAUAACAACAGUAGCAGUAAUGGAACCAUGCUGGGGUUUUGGGGAAUAUUUCUGUGUGUUUUAUUUCUACAUUGCUUGUUUAUGUACUUCUUUAUCUCUGGGCAAUUUGGUCUUGAUAUCUAUUGACCGCUAUGUUGCUGUGUGUGAUCCCUUAUUGUACCACUCUAAAAUAACAAUAGCAAGAAUGAUGUGUUGUAUAUCCAUUACCUGGUGGUGUUGUAUCAUAUACGAUGUUGCUAUUGUAGAACACUUUGUAAAUGUACAGGUACCCAGUAGGUGUUUGAAUGAAUGUUUUAUUGUUGAAGGAGUAACCUGGGUUAAUAUCAUUGACCUUUUAUUUUCAAUGGUUGUCCCGUGUUCUAUUAUUCUAUCACUUUAUAUGAAAAUCUUUGUGGUGGCCAGAUCACAGUCCAGAAAGAUGUUUUCAAAAGAGGCUGCCUGUGUGUCUGGUGGUAAAACUGUACAGGCAAAUAAGUCUGAGAGAAAAGCAGCAAAAACUCUUUCUAUUGUUGUUUUCAACUAUUUCAUUUGUUGGAUUCCAUUUUUGUUCACAAAUAUGUUUUCUUUUCCAAGUGACAAUUUAUCAUUUAUCAUCAGCUUUCUGCCACUUGUUAAUUCCUUAAUUAAUCCAAUCAUUUAUGCUUUCUUUUAUCCUUGGUUCAAAGUGACAGCUAAACAUAUUUUAACUCUGAAGUUAAGGCGUUCUUAGUUCCUAUAUUUAUAUAUAUUGUUUUUUUAUCUACAAGCAUUGGUUGGAUAUAGUUGUGUUAAACAAUUGCUCUAAUUGCUUCUUUCAUGUAACAAUACACUGACAUUACUUUCAGUAUCUCAGUAUUGUCAUUAUAGAUACAUGUGGUUUUGAUACAGAAUGAUUUUGCUGGAUUGGAAUGACUUGGAGAAGGCAUUAGAAGGCACAAGCUUGUUUUUACAAAAGACAUUGUAGUCAUUUUGGGUUAAAAAUUCCAAUACCAAAAUCUGUGGUUGUUCCAUGUUAUUUAAUGAUACAUAGUAUGCAAGUAUUCUAAAAUUACAUUUGGAGGUGUCAUAUGUUGUUUAUCAUUGUCCUCUAGUUACUGCAUUGGGACACAAUGCCUUCAACAAGUGUAGUAAAGGGUGUCGUAUAUGCCCUAUAGACCACGGCUAAGAGUUGUUUUUGUGCCUGGAGUGCCUGGAUACAGCCCUUAGCCGUGGUAUAUUGGCCAUAUACCACUAACCCCUAAGGUGCCUUAUUGUUUUUAUAAACCGGUUGCCAACACAGCAAGGAAAGGAAGACACAUCUAAAUUGAAAAUGUUGCUUUUAAGAAAUAAAUUCAUAAUAAAUACAUUCCACCAUGCAAACUAGUUCAGACAAAAGUUGUGUUGCUAGACUGGUAACAUAGCUAAUGUUAGCUAGCCUGUAGUAACAUAGCUACAGGCUAGCUAACAUUAAAUGUAUGCAAAAACAGAGCAUUAGCGCUACUUCUACAGUGACCAACACAUGCCAAUUAUUUAUUUAUGUUGCCAUUUAAUGUGCACAAACAAAAAAAUUGCCCCAUUUUAUUGUUGGCUUGCCCAAUGAUGUUGUUUUGUUUCCUCCACUCUGCUGGAAAUGUAGCCAUUCUUUUAGCUGGGGGAGUUUCUGCUGUUUCGCUUCCAGAUUUGACCUCUUGUAACUUUGAAGAGAGGUUUUGGAUCAGUGUCCUCUGACAGACAUUAUUUUUCGUGCCUCUAGACCGGCAUCCGACAGAUUCUGGAUACCUAAAAGGGUCCUAAAAUUCAAAAUCAAAUAGCUAAAUGAUCCAUGGUCGUACGUUAAAAAAAAUGCAUAUGUUAGUUUAUUAACCCCCAAAUGCUUAGCCUUUUAGAGGUUUUAAACAUACUUGAAGCAGCUCGCUUACAAGCCAUGGUGCAAGAAAUUGUGUGCCCUAUAGGAAAUCUCAAAAUGUGCAGAAAUACCCUUAGAAAUAGAUUUUCAUCUGGUGCAUUAUACUAGGCCAUCUGUGUUAGUGGGCUAUAUCAGCCAAUGGGCUAGAUGUAGUUUGAAGAGAGCAGAGUAGGAGAGAGAGGACACUUGCACUUUCUCUUGCACUACAGUAUGUUUUGCAUAUAGCCUACUAAAAUUGUCCUACUUCUAGGAGCAGGACAAUUUUCAGAGGAGACAAAUAUGGAUGGUGAAUAUUUAUUUCUAGGCAAUGUAGUAAACUAUAGCUUAGACAUACUUAGAAAAUACAUUUCUUUGGAUAGACAACUGUCCCGUACAUCUCUGCACAUGCAUAGGAUAUAGCCUACUCUUUUUAAUUGAGACCACACGCACACCUGAUCUCACAUGCCCAACAGGGAGAGGAGAGGUAUGGCUACUGAACUUGAAGCAGCAAGAAUUAUUAAAGUGGACACUAGCUAGUAAAAAAUUGGCCUUUUGCUAAAUUAGCCAUGGAAGGAGACUUAAUUAU